CGCAAACACUUUGAAACUUUGCCGAUAAGUGAUAGACCUCAUAAUGCCGUUCUAUCCGCAAAUAACCUACGAUGACAAUCUCAAAGUGUGGAGUGGAGGCGAAAAAUCAAACUACUUCGCACCUCAUCUCUCCAUUGGGCAGAUCAUAUUCCGGGAGAUGGAAAGGCACCCAAAGCUCAUAGCACAGAUAUCAGCCACUGAGAAGACGGUGCUGACCCGUGAGGAGGUGCGUUUCAAUGCGAUGCGAGUGGCUAGCUACAUGCGGGGACUGGGCCUAAAGCAAACGGAUAUUGUGGGCCUCAUGGCCAGGAACACCACGCAUCUGGUGGCCGUGGCCUAUGCCUGCUUCUUCAACGGUGUGCCGUUCCACUCCCUCAACAUCUCCUACGAGCAGGAGACCAUAGAGAAGCUGUUCAGAAUCACCAGACCCCGUCUGAUCUUCUGCGACGGGGAUGAGUACGAGAGAGUGCUGGCAGCCGCCGAAACCCUCCAGCUGGACUCCACAAUAAUUAGCAUGCGGCAUCACCCGUUCGGCUGCCUUCGUAUUCAGGAUAUCCUGACCACACCCAUUGAGGAUAACUUCCAGCCCUCCCAGCUGGAGCAGGGCCCCGACCAGACCCUGGCCAUUCUCUGCUCCUCAGGGACCACGGGCGUGCCCAAGGCAGUCACGAUUACGAACAGUCAACAGGUUCUUUUGACCUUUUUUCGUCUGACCUCCAAUGAUGUGCAAUAUACGCACAGCACCCUAGACUGGAUUUCGGGACUCAUAACCAUCAUUAGCGCUGGGGUAUUCAGCACUACGAGCAUUAUAGCCGACAAUGUUUUCGAUCCUGCGUGCAUGUGUCGUAUGAUCGAGGAGUACAAGAUCACAUUCAUCUUUCAGUGUCCCUCGCAUAUGGCCAUGCUGGCCAACUGUCCGGAAUUCGAGUCAUCCGAUCUGUCAAGCAUUCGGUUCUACAUUUAUGGCGGAUCCAACUGUUCCUUGGAGGUUCAGAGCCGUAUUCGAAGUCGCCUAAGCCACGACUGCCUGCACUUUGCGUACGCGGUGACGGAGCUGAACAGCGUGGGCUGCACAAACCUCCACUUUGACGAGAAACCCAACUCCGUGGGCCGGCCGAUAAGGGGAAUCAGUCUGAAGAUAAUCAAUGCACAGGGCGAGGCCCUAGGACCAAAUGAAACGGGUCAAGUCUGCUUCCAUAAUGGUCAGAAUUGGUCGGGGUACUACGGGAACCCAGAAGAGACUCGCAUAGUGAGGGACUCCCAGAAGUGGCUGCACACUGGAGAUCUGGGGUAUAUGGACGGUGAUGGCUUCCUGUACAUAAUCGAUCGGCAAAAGGACAUGCUCAAGUACCACAACAUCAUGUACUAUCCCAGCGAGAUAGAGACAGUGAUCUCCCAGAUGCCUAACGUGGCCGAGGUCUGUGUCUUCGGCGUUUGGGAUGCAGUCAAUGGCGAUGAGGCUGCCGCGUCUGUGGUGAAGCGGCAUGGCUCCGCUCUGCACGCCCAGGAUGUUGUGGACUACGUAAACGAGUCCAUCGAUGCCAAUUACAAGAAACUGAACGCAGGAGCCAUCAUUGUGGACGAUCUGAAACGCAGUGCCAAUGGAAAAACCAAUCGACAUGCAACCAGAGCUCACUUCCUGGAAGUCACCACCAGGAGACGUUCGGAGAACAUGAGAUACAGUGAUCGAUCGGAACAGUGCUAAUUAUACCCGUACUCAAAAAAGAGUUAAGGGGUAUAUUAGAUUUGUGGUAAAAGUGGAU